AUUAUAAAUUUGUACAGUCCUUUGAUUAAAACUGGCUGAUUGCAAAGGGCCUCUGUUAAUAAAACUGGGUAUUAUGAGGGAGACACACGUGGAAAUAAGGCAUAUUCAUUGAUCAUUGUCAAUAAGUAAAACUAAAAGUAAAGUAAAGUCAAGUCAAGUGAAGUGGUAUUUUUUUAGAAUAUUACAUACAUUACAUAUUGUAACAUAUUAGUAGUAUUGGCCCAAUAGUAUUGGAUUAAUGAUUAAGUUAGUAUAUACUAGUAUAAUAUUCUUAGUAUAGUAUUUUUAAUGUUAUAGUUAAUUUUACUUUUACAAAGCUGUUAUUAGAAAAGGAGAUAUCAAUUCAAUAUGCCAAGCAGCAAAAUAUGGUGUUAACAAAAAGUUUACAUUCGAUGCCAUGCACAUCUGAGUCAUCUGAUAUCUGGUGAAAUCCCUUGCCUUAAAAUUAAAUGUCCACCAUCCCUCAACAAACAACGCCCACCCACUCAGGCCCACUCGCAUCCUAUGAAUUCCUAUGCUCAUGUGAGCAUAUGUGAACACUUGUAAUGGUAGCAACCCUGAUGAAAUACAAGAACGGAUUAAAAUGAUUAGGCAGACUACCCAAAAAUGUCACAGUCAGUCCUCUUCAAACACUAGAUUCCUGUCAGAUUCCUAGUAAAGAUAUUGAGGAAUAUCUUAAAAUGUGGCAUGUGGACUAUCUGGGGGCUCAUAUAACAUAUACAUACUAAGUACAAUAUGACUCCUGUGAUACUGGUUCCACUUAGACUUAGACUUAAAUUAAAUCAACACUAGAAGAGUUGGAAAACCAAAACCUGGAUUAGAUGUGUGUUAUUUGUGUUCAAACCAAGUUAUGGUACCUAAUGCCCCAAAGCCUGGUUCCUAAUUCCCCAUUCACAACUUUUAAGGGCGUUGUUUUAACAAUAAAAAUAACACAACUUAUAAAUACAUUUGAAUCCCCAGGUUAUAUCUGUUAAUGUGUGAGAAGUGUGUUUCUUAAAUAUUCUAAGUUUUAAAGAUAACCAUGUGCUUGAUUGUGAAGAAAUAUAUUUUUAAAAAUUAAAUCUAUAAAAACACUGGUGCUUAAUGCCCCACUUUACCCUAUGUAUAAUACUAAAAGUAGUCUAAAUAAAGUUAGUAGCCUGAGUAGUAUUUAAGUAUUGUUAUUAUAAUAAUUCAUAACUUCUAAUAAGAGGCCCACUAAUAAAAUGAUAGGCCUGUUUCCCGAAUUCCUGGUCUACUUGACUUACUCCACAGUUACAGGCUUUGAAGUCCUGAAUUGCAAUUCCUUUAUUAAGUUUUAGUCUCUGUCUUAGGUCUUAUACUAUUUAAUUAGUAGAUUAAGAGGAGAUUAGAUUUGAUUUGGGGAGAAAGUGGCAACUGCAAAAUUGUUUGGGAUCAAUGUCACAAAUGAUAAAAAUAUGUAUAAAUUGCUUGGGCUAAAUAUUAAGCUAAAUAACAUAAAUAAACAAAAAGAUUCAAGACUACUACUACUACAAAAUUGCAUGCUACAUUUACAGUAGAAGCUAGAAACUUAAAUAUUUAGGUUCAGGGCUUUUGCAGCCUUGCUUAUGCUAUGGCCUAUGCCUUUGAUACAAAAUGUUACAUUUUGGGUUGAUUUUGACUCUUGCACAUAUUUGUAGGACAAUAUUUUACUAACUAAAGAAAAAUCACAUGGCUCCCAAGAAAAAAGAUAAAGCAAAACUUUCUGAAUGGUUCCAAUGUUCACUGUGUGAUAAACUUGUAAGUGCAUAUGAUGCUGAUGUGCACUCAAAAUCAUGUGAAGCUGAGCAUGGUUAUGUCCAAAGGAAAACUCUUUAUGGAAAGAUCAUUAAGGCUGAAGGAAUUUUAGUUAAAGGUUUGUAUGAUAACAGUGCAUUCAGAUUUAUUGAAUACUUUAUUGCUUUUUAAUAGUGAUUAAAUUUCCGAAAAGGGAUAGAUGAAAAUGUGUUUCUACCUUUUUAUUUAUGAUGUUAUUCUAUGACAUGCAGUUCGAAAUCAUGACUUAAAUGGAUAAACUUUGUUAAGAAAAUGAAAUCACUUUAAUAUGUUUGAAAAUAAAAGAUAUUGUGUAUCUGAUUUUUUUAUCUUUUGCGGGUAUAAAAAAGUUAAGUGUUCCAGAAGUAAUCUUGAUAAUUUCAUGUUACAUGUUUAUUAAGCUAUAAAUUUUAAGUAUUUGUUUUUUUUUUGCAUAGUGACAUUCUUUGCUCUGUCUUAAACAAUAAGGGCUGUCUGAAAUAAGUGAUCUAUGACUCUGACUGCUUAUUUAACACAGAUGGAUCAUUACUAACAAAGACAUUACGGAGCAGCAACGACGUUAUUUGGUUAGCUAUUCCUGCAAUGCAGAUAUGUGGCUUAUCCAUUGGCCAACCUUGCAUAGUAAAUAGGACUCUGAUUAAACAAGUUUGGCCAUAUCAGACUUCAGCCUCGUCAACUGUUGCUGUCACGGCACGGUGCUUGGAUGAGAUGGGAUUAAAAGAAGGGGAUGUAGUUACAGUGGAGAGAUUUAAACCUCAAGGUUAUAAAGCUCUGUCAGUCCAGUUAAAACUACAGUAAGAUUUCUACCACAUUCUAUUUUGUUUGGGUCUUUAUAUAAUUUAUUAGCAAAUAAAAUUCAUUUAAUAAGAUUAUGAUGCUAUCUGUUUCUAUUAAUGUUAUAGUUUUGUCAUUAAUUGCUGAUUUGUAGUUAGAAAUGCAUUAUAUAAUACAAAGCAAUGCAUAUUUUAGCAAUAAUAAGCCUUAUCGAAGAAGUAAUGUUAUAAAACUCGUAUCCCUAUGUAUGAACAAUAAUUAAUAUUAUAAUGAAAGUUAUCCCUGUAGAUAUUACAAUUAAGGCUUUCAGUCCCAAAAUGUAAAAAAAUAUUAAAAAUAAAUAAGCUUUUAAAAAAAUCAUACUAAUAAAUAUUACCAAUUUUUUUUAAAUUUUAAAACAAUUUUUAGAUGUGGCUAAUGCCUUGAGUCUUGAGUGAAUGUUGAAAUUCAGCAAUGUUCUGCUAAUCAGUUUCUUCAAAAUACUGGGUCUUUUAUGCAUUUUUAUGGUGUGCAACACAACUGCUACUGCAAUAUAUUUUUAAAAAAUCAUCUUUUUAAAUCCCUUAAAUUAACAUAGCUUUUGUUCAUGUGUCUCUGGCUGGCAAAAUUUUCUGACAGCUAAUUGACCCACUUCCUGUCAACCAAUUAAGCACAUAGACUUGUUGCAGAUGACAACACAUUCUAUCAAAUUUUAAGCCCCAUCCCCCAACCCCCAACAAUCAAUUUUUCCUAUCUUGUCAAAGGUAAGAUGAAGGAAAAAUGUUUACAUUCAUUUCGUGAAAUAAAUUUCACAUUAACUGGGCUAAAUGAGAUUCUUAAAAAUAUCUCUAGUGCAUUUGUUGCGUAACAUUUUAAAACAAUAGCUGGUGAAAUAAAUCUGAGGUGUCAAAGCGGGUUGGUCAUUACAAUAUUAAAUUAAUUUCAAGGUCGUGAAAAAAUGAGCGGGUGCGAGUAGGGGGUGGAGGGAGAGAGCACUAAUUGGUAUUCUUAUAAAGUGCUUUACUUGUAUGCAUGUUUGUCAAAUGUUGAACACCAUCCCCAUUGCUCAAUAUUACAUUUUAUAAAGGAUUUAUAUGUAAAACUUUGUUUCUUAAGGUUUGUUUAAUUAUCCUUGUUAUUAAAAUAUGUAGAUGAAGGGAAAGGUGCUAUUAAAAAAAGUAAUUUUGUUGCAAGGAUUUUUCUAAAACAUGGCUGAGUUAGCUUACAGAAAUGAUGAUAGAAAUGUCUUUUAGUGAUUAAGAAACUAUGUUAAUAUCUAUAAUAUUAACUAAUAUAAAAAACUAAUUAAUAUUUCAGAAAAUCAAAUCCACUAUUUGAAACUCAAGAGUUUUCUUCUUUUAUAUCUUCCUACUUAGGUAAGCCACGUUAUCAAUUUCUGGUGUUUUGUCCUAAAUAUUACCUAAUUUUAUUUUUAGCAAGGAGCCUUUACAAAUUUGUCCUCUUAAAAAUCAUUCUUACUUGUUGCAUUUUAAGUUAAUUAAUUAAUGUGAGACUUUUUUGUGUGUUAAUACUAGUCUUUUUUUUAUUAAUGCUUUUAUCACUUUUUAGACCUGAAACAUCACACUAUUUAAUUUUUACAAUAAAAUUCCUUUAGUGAUAUAAUAUAUUCCAUUAGAGUAAUUGAGCAGUUGGAAACCACUGUAUCCCUGAUAAAAUUCCUGACUUUUCUCUUGUCCUGUAUUUGAAAACCUUAAACCAAGUCAUGUUACCAGGCAUAUAUUUUAUUUUCUGCCUAUGUUGUCAUAACAAAAUCAUUUAUUUGUAGUAAAGCAAAAUUAUAGGUCCAAUUCAAUGCAAACCCGUCAUUCAUUUCAGAUGGUAAAUAUGUCACCAAUGGAAUGCCUCUGAAUCUUCGUUACUUUGGACUGCAUUGCCAGUGCUUCGUCUAUAAUGUUCAUCAUGAACUUGAUGCAUCUCAUUCAUCUGAAGCACACAAGUCAAACAAUGUGCUGGAAACGUUACCUAAUAUUAAUUCUCCCAAAGAGUUACCUGAACUUUCAGAAGAUGGAGAUGCUUCAUUUUGUUCCGCCAGCCAAGAUCUUUCCUUAUCAAUGACAUCUUUGAACAUCUCAACAUCAUCUCUCGAUGACUCAGCCCCGGCUCCCCAGACUCCCCUGAAGCGUAACUAUCCCAACCUUGGCACCCCUCUAAAAGACAUCUCAGACUCCCCCAACAGAAAUGAUAGUGGAGUUACCUUUGCAGUUGUUUCUUCAUCUCAGACCAAGUUUACUGUUGUAUCAUCGGCAUCACAAGAAAUAUCCGAUGCACCAAGAUUCUCACUCUCUGACACUGGGGGUUUAUCAACACAAAUCAAUGAACUCAGAUCCAGAGUAUUAAGGGGUAUGCAGCUAAUUAAUUCUUGAUUAUUAUAUAUUUAAAAAAAUUACAUUUUUAAAAUACCUGUACAUUUUUUAUUAAAUAAGAUUAAGUGAUUCUGUAUUUGUGUCUUUCAAGCAAUAUUUAGCAUGUCUAAAAUAAGUAUUUUAAUUUUUUUUUAUUUUGGUGUGCAAAUACUUAAAUUUUUGGAUGUGGUUGUUUGUCAAAAUAAUGUGACGCCAGUGCAUGAUGUGAUAUUGCUCACAUUCAUUUAAUAACUAUCACUUGUAGUUUAUAAAGAAUGAUAAAAAAAGAGGAGGGGGACUGCAAUCAGGUUAGGUAGAAGGAAAUAGUGUAUAAAGAAUUCUUCAAAAUUUAAAUGCCAUGAAAUCCUAUUAAUUUAAAUAUAUUUAAUUUUUUUUGGUCAAUAUUCUUGCCAGAUGACUUAUUAAUUUAGAUGGGUUGCCACAUGGGGAAAUUAGAAUUAUAAAUUUGAAAUAUUUUUUUAGCUGACUCGCAUAUCUUUUAUUGAAUUUUUUUUUUUUUUUAAUUUUUAAAAAUUAUUCUGUUAGCACAACAAGCAAAGAGCAAUUGCUGUUGCAUAUUACUCCAUGGUCCUGCAGGCACAGGGAAGACAUUGCUGGUAAAAGCACUGGCAGCAGAUCUAAAGGCAAACACCAUACAGCUUACUGGCACUGACAUCUGGAGCAAGUACGUUAGAGAUUUAAAGCCUUAAACAAACAAAAUAUUUAUAUUAUAAAGAAGAAAUAGCAAUUAAAAAAUUGAUUAAAUUUUGGUUAAAAGAUCUAAAAUGUUAUUUGAAAAACUAGUAAUUUUAGACUGUAAAAAAAUUGAAGUGACUUAGAGUUUUACCUGCAUAUUUUAUUUUUUUUUUAAUGGCUGUAUAUUUAUAACUCCAACAAAAAUUGACUUUAUAAAAAAAAUUUGCUCAGAAUCUGAAUAACCAACUCUCAUAAAUUUACUUUGUGUUUGGCAAGAAAUAAAGUUUUGUAUUUGGAAACUUCAGAUUGUUUGGUGAAGCUGAGGCGAACUUGAGGAAAGCAUUUCAAGAUGCCCAGGAAAAGUGAGUGAUAUCUGCAGUGUUAUUUAUGUUUAUAUUCUGUUAAUUGCAAGAUCAAAUCUUAUACAACAACUAUUUAAAAAAAACAUGUUGGGUUAUUUAUCUGACAGCCUAAAAUUCUUAUAGGUCCCUGAAUUUUCUCUGAUCAUCAAUCGGGAAUUAGAGCUGCAAAAUAACACACAAGAAUAACUCUCCCGUGAAUUAGUAAAAAAAAUAAACAUCAGUUUUCUGAUGUUGUGUAAUUUUAGAUAAGUCUGACUUUUGACUCCAAACAUUAUGACCAGCAAUGUGAUGCUUCAAACCUUUAAAAGUUUUCAACUUGUCCAGGCCGCUGAGUUUGAUUAUUAUAGACGACAUGGAUGUCAUGUGUCCCAAACGUUCACCAAACAGUGCUGGACAGCAGGAACACAGGCUUGUGGGGACCUUGGUAUCUUUGAUUGAUGGGGCUGCACAUUCGGUCAGUUCAAUUCAGCUAAUUUUUUUCAUAUUUCUGUUUGUGAAGAGGGAGUGUCAUUACAUAGAAGCAAGUUGAUUUGGAACUUUUAAUACUGUAAUACAUUAAAUUGUAGAACUACGAUGAAGAGUGAGAAAUGAAACUAGUAUUAUGUGAGUCGUGAGGACAUUAUAUUAUCCAUUCUUGAUGCCAAAAACAUUUUCACAGAGAAAUGUUUGUUUAAUUUAUUUUAAAAAAUUUUUGGUAUCCAUAGAAACAUUCUAGUCUUUUAGUCAUCAUAGGCAUCACUAACAAAAAAGAUGAUAUUGACCCCGCUCUGAGAAGAGCUGGAAGAUUUGGCUGUGAGGUCGAGGUGGGAGUACCCACAAUGGUUCAGAGGAAAGAGGUAGGUUGUGCUUGCUGUGUAUUUUAACAUCUGCAUUCAACAUCUGAUGGCAUUAAUAUAAUUUAUUUAUUUUUUUAAAUGAGACCCCAGCACUGUAAAAUUAGGAAUUAAAAAAAAAAAAGCUGAAUGCUUAAUGGUAAUUAGGAAAAUAUCUAACUUCCAAUUAGAAUAUAUUUUUAGUGCUAAUUAAACCUGAACUUUAAUGAAGCAAAAUGAAAUAUUCCUUUAAAGUCUUCCAAAAGCAUAUCACAAAUUUUCCAUGUCAUCGGCAGAUUCUUCAAGUGCUGCUCAGUAAAAUUCCACAUAACUUAAGUUUUGAAGACAUUGAAACUGUGGCCAUGAAUGCACAUGGCUAUGUUGGUGCCGAUUUAGCCGCUCUGCUUAAUGAAGGUAAAAGUAUUAUCUUUAAACAGUUAAAAUGAAAAUGUCAAGCAGUGCACAAUUCAGGUGUGAUUGCGAGUCAAGGGUAUGAGCUCUGAUGAAGGAUACCUUUCUCAAUCUUGAACUAAACUAUUGCUCAUUUCUUGACAAACUAAUUUAGGAGCUGCUAGUUCAAACUGGUAAUAUUUAAAAAAAUAAGGACAGGUUAUUAGAGAAAACAUGAUUAAAAAUAAUUAUUCGAAAAAUUGAAAAAGACUAGGUAUGGGGGGAAAAUGUCCUUUCUGAAUUAAUUUUUAAAACACAUUUAUUCAACAGCUUCCUUACAUGCACUCAGUCGCCAAGGGCCACCACCAAGUGAAUUAGGAACUGCAUCACUCCAGCUUACAUUGGAAGACUUAAUAUUUGCUGGAUCUCUUGUUAAACCAAGCGCCUUAAGAGAAAUUCAACUGGAAGUAACACAGGUAAAGAAAUCAUCAUUUGAAUCAACCAAAUGUUUUUAGUGUGUGUAACAUGAUAUUUAGUGUUUGUUUAUUACUAAGUAAAUCUCACCUCUUCAUGUGAGGUGUAAGAAUACAAGUGAUUAAUUGUCUGUAAGAAGGAACUAAAUCGGCAGUCAUAUUUGAAAGCAUGUUAAAUUAGGCAGUUACGGAAAGUCACCUCAUGGUGUUGACUCAUGUAGUAUUUUGAAUGACAUGAUAUAAUUAUAUUUUUUGAAAAAGUCAAUGGGUUUAUAGUGAGAGAUGUUGAAUUACUGUUCAAAAUUUCAUCUUAUGUGAACAGAGACAUCAUACAUUUGUGAAGCUAUUUAUGUGAAGUCAAUCACUGUAAUAAAAGUGAUUUGGGAAGAACUGACACAGCAAUUUAUAUUGACAGGUGGUCUGUGUCAGCGUUUCCAAAACUUUUAAGUUUGGCAGACUGGUUGACAUAUUUUAAAUUGCAACAGGGACCGGUCCUAGAUUAAUUAAUUUCAUUUUCUUUUUAUUUGACCAUAAGUAUUCAUGUUGUGCAGACCUCGCAACGUAAGGAUGGUGGAUCAUCUAUGUGAAGUCUUGAAUAGUUCACCUCGACUAUUAAUAAUUAUUAGCAAGAAUAGGACCUGCCACAAUAAACAUAUCAGGUUAUACUGUGCAUUCUUUCAAACAAUGCUGAGUAUUAUCCCAGCACUAUUCCUAAGAGCUAAAUCAAACAAUCCAAAAUUGCUACCUGUAACGAAAUAUCUAAAUAAUAAUCUUUAGUUUUACUUGGAGUUUUUAAUAAUGAUGGGAUGUUGUGUUUGUGCAGGUGAAAUGGUCAGAUAUUGGUGGAAUGUCUGAGGUCAAGAUGAGGCUGCGAGAAGCUGUGGAGUUGCCACUGAGCAAUCCGGAAGUGUUUAAAAGGCUGGGAAUUGAACCGCCUAGAGGUCUCCUGAUGUAUGGCCCCCCAGGGUGCUCGAAAACAAUGGUGGCAAGAGCUUUAGCCACAGAGUCCAAGCUGAAUUUCUUAGCAGUGAAGGUAAAUGAUUCAACAAAGUAAAUUAUAUAAACCAUGAAAUUUUUUUUUAUGGAUUUUGAUUAAUAUAAUAUUUUAAUUUUAAAGAUUUUUCUGUUUCUAGGGUCCUGAACUUUUUAACCAAUAUGUUGGCCAAUCAGAAAAAGCAGUCCGUGAAGUCUUCCGUAAGGCCAGAUCUGCCGCUCCAUCAAUUAUAUUUUUUGAUGAGAUUGAUGCUAUUGCUGCCAAAAGAGGGUUGGUCUCUCCAUUAUAUAUAUAUAUAUAUAUUUCAGUUUCUGUAAUGUAAACUCUGUUUUAUUUAGGAAAUAUUGUUUUGGUCUUUUUCUUGAAACUGAAUUCGUUUUUGUUUUUUUAUCAUUUGCUGUUAGUUUUUUGCAAUUUAAUUAAUUUUUUGAAACACAUUUAUUUGACAUCCUCAAACUCACACAGUUUUGAAAACACAAAUUUUGUUGUGUCGUGACUUAAAAAAUACAUUUGCUUUAAACUGGCCUCCCUCAAACUAAAAUAACUUGGCAUGAUCCAUGUCUUAUAAGUUUUGACAUCCACCAGUUUCGUUAAUACCCAUGUUAUUUUGUUUUAUAUCCAGUUCCUCAUGUGGAAGUGGUGUUGAUGACCGGGUCUUGACGCAGCUGUUGACAGAAAUGGACGGCCUGGAAUUUCUGAAAGAUGUCUUCAUAAUGGCAGCUACGAACAGACCUGAUAAAAUUGACAAUGUAAUCACCUUCUUUCUUCUUCUUCUUAUAUUUGAGGGCCCACGAUCAAUUUGUUGAUCAUUCUGACUCUGGUUUGAAUUCAGAGUUUCCCUUCUCUUAGAUGAGUUGCCGUCCAAGGCUAACGGGUCCCAUCCACCCGGGGUGCUUGGGAUGUUUAGACUGCUCGGCCAAACAGCCUAUCCCAAAAUUUUGUAUCUUCAUUUAAAAAAAAUAAGCUUAACAUCAAUACUCUUUUUUUUUAGUCCAGAAUCUAGUGUUAGACCAAGCUGAGAUGUUAACAUAAAACAAUUAUUUUUAAUUUUAAAAAUAUGAAUUUUUUUUUAGUUCUUGGUCAAAAUUUUAUUAAUGUCUUGUUUGUUUGUUUUUGUGGAUGUGAUCUAAGGCGUUGUUGAGACCUGGCAGAUUUGAUAGUUUGGUUUACGUGCCACUGCCUGAUGACUCAACAAGAGAAGAGAUUUUACUAAAGAAGUUCACCAAAAUGUGUGUGGGAGAUGAUGUCAAUGUUAAAACACUUGUGGAGCUCACACAGGACUACUCUGGCGCUGAGGUGUGUGGCAUAGAAAGAUUUCUCCAGUCUUAUUUCAAUUGAAACUUUUUGUUCAUACACACAACAUAGGUUAUCACAUAAUGCUCAUUUAGUUUAAAUAUUUUUAUAAGAGUUAAAAUUAGGUUUUAAAAAAAAAGGGAAGUAGAUUUAUUUUCCUGGUAAAAUUUUACCAUGUAGGUUUGAUUGUCAAAAGACUUAACACACUUUUUUAAAAAGUAUUUUAAUGGAUCAUUUAAUCAGAUGAGACCUCUUUUUCUUUAAUGAAAAUUUAUGCACCUUAUAUUAAUGUUGAAAAUGACAAACUGGUUUAUUAAUGUGCAAAAAAUAUCUAUAUUCUCAUUACUUUCCAUCCUUAGAUUAUUCAAGUGUGUCAUGAAGCUGCGUUAUCUGCCUUGAGAGAAGACAUCAAUUCUCAUCAAGUGCUCUUCAGACACUUUGAAACCGCACUUAAAAAAGUCCAGCCACAAAUAGAUCCAGAGUUGAUUCAGAUUUAUCAAAAAUUUUCUAACACAAGAAUAAAAUAGCUUUGAAAUAAAAUGGUGUUUCUUUAAAUGCUUCUGUAAAUAAUCAUUUUUUUAAUUGUAAAAACUGAAGCAGUUAUCUGAUUCUAAAAAAGAGUAGUUCUAAUAGCCACAGGUAAGUGUAAGGUUAAUUGAAUCAUUACCCCAUUAAAAAAAAACAACAACUUAAUUUGUUGGGGAUAAAGUUUCUGCAUGGAAGAGAAUAUAAGUAACUGCAAAAACAUAGUUCAAUAACACAAUGAUGUACGUUUCAAUUAAUUAUAAAACCAACAAAACAAAGUUCCACCCUACUGAUAUAGAGGUAAACUCUGACCCAAGUAUUCCUCACUUAAACAACCUACCUGGUAACUGUUUGUGCAGCUCUCUAGUGUGGUGAAUGUGCGCCCCCCCUCCCAACACUUCACAUUUGCUGAUGUGUAGAUAUUUAUGUUUUAACUUCUGUUGCGAUAAUUUAAAAAAAAAAAAUCAUUAGUAAUCUUCCGAUAACGGUGUUUUACUAAAUUCAUUAUGCACAUAGUACCUGUGAGACCACCCAUCACCUUAGAGUACCAACAACGGACUUAAAGAACCACUGGACUACAUCAUUAUGUGAUUUAAUGUUCUGAAAGCAGUUUAAUAAUGUAGUAGAGUAGAUACAGACAUUAAAAGACAAUGACCAACAUUUUUUUAUUUUUUUUAAAUAACAUACAUCUCUGAACUGGUGUUAAAAUGGUUUAUUUAAUUAUUCACAUUCCAUUUACUUUUGUUUGAUUUAAAAAGAUUGUGCUGUGGGGAAAAAAAUACUGUUUCAAUUUUAAUGAAAUAUUUAUAUAUGAGAAGCUUGUUUUAGUAAUCCCUAUUCAGCUCCCUAGGAUUGAUUUACUGAACAGAAGAAAAAGAAAUAUUGAUUAAAUGCCAAACAAAAAUGUUGAUAUGUUUUAUCAAGUCUUAAAGUAAAAUGUGCUUUUCUACUCUGUACUUAAAGAUGGCUUGAAUCGUUCAGUAAAUAUAUGUCAUUUAAAAGCAAUGUAAAAAAUAUAUAUACUGCAAUAAUGUAUAUUUUUAGAUUGCUUUUAAAUAACAUAUUUAAUAGUGGCUUCAUUCCUCUAUCAUACAAUAGAACAACUGAUUUCAUUGGUUUGUUCUAGAACGUACUUUCACAUUUACACAACAAGAAAUAUUUUUUUUCUUAAAUGAAAGUUUUAAAUUUAAAAAAAAAUCUUUGAUGGCAAUUCAAAAAAAAAAAAAAAAGACUUAAAUAAUUAUUUUGUUAAUCUUGAUUAAAAGACCGUGAGCAGGGCGAAGACACCGUAGACUAGAGCACAAGGGUAGGCAACCAGUUAACAAGAAAUAUUUUUUUUCUUAAAAGAAAAUUUUAAAAUAAAAAAAAAAUCUUUGAUGGCAAUUAAAAAAAAAAAAAAAAAGACUUAAAUAAUUAUUUUGUUAAUCUUGAUUAAAAGACCGUGAGCAGGGCGAAGACACCGUAGACUAGAGCACAAGGGUAGGCAACCAGUGGCUGUUGGCUGUCCAUAUGUAAGGCGGAGACGAAGAGCUUUGAUGCCGAAAUGCUGCACCAUAAAACUGUCACAGAUACCAGUGCCAGACCAAUGGCACCUCUGAGUUAGAAAAGGAAAGACAUGGGUGAAUGAUUCAGAACUUUAAAAAAAGAAAAUGGCCAUUAUUUAAAUCCGGGAGAUUAAAAAAUCCUGCCAUUGAUACACAUCAGACGGUAAACAGAACCCACCACAUAGGACACAUGAGACAGGACACACCACAUAGGACACAUGAGACAGGACACACCAUAUGGGACACAUCAGACAGGACACACCAUAUAGGACACAUGAGACAGGACACACCAUAUAGGACACAUGAGACAGAACACACACCAUAUAGGACAGAUGAGACAGGACACACCAUAAAGGAAACAUGAGACAGGACACUCCAUAUAGGACACAUGAGACAGGACACACCAUAUAGGACACAUGAGACAGGACACACCAUAAAGGACACAUGAGACAGGACAGACCAUAAAGGACACACCAGACAUGACACAUUAGAUAGCACACAUCAGACUAGACAGUACAUGACAGACAAGACACACCAGACGGUAAACCAAAAAGACAGUAAACACAAGUCACAUAUUUACUUGAGAGACAGCAUGACUGCAGAGAAGGAGAGGAACACCAUGGGCAGGAGGCAGUAGCCCAGCACACUGAUGAUGAUCCCUACAGACACGCCAUUCAGGCUCAUCAGAUUCAGCAGGCAGUACAUGGCCAAACAUCCGACCAGACCGAUGCCGUAGAUGUAGCCAAAGUGGACCUUCCCAGUCUGUUAAUAUGAGAGCGGAAAGAAAAUUAUUUCUUUGUUAGUGUUGAGAGCAGAUAAAGAAAGAGUUAACAUGGACUUGAAAAUGUGUACGUACAAGUUUGCAUAGGUAUUUAAAAUGUAUACAAGUUGGCAUAUUUAAAAUGAGUAAAAGUUUGCAUAUAUAUAUAAAGUGUACAAUGCUGCUCCACUGAUCCUUGAAGAUCCACUGAUCCUUUGAAGAUCCAUGAUACCUUAAAGACCCACUUAUCCCAUGAUGGGUAAUAAGGGGAGAGACUGCAAUCAGGUUAGCCCAAAAUAAAAUGAGUAAAACAGAGUAGGGUUAAACCUGAAAAAAUAAACGCAACAAAACAACGAACGUGUCGGCAGAAAGCCUUCGUCAGCGAACAAAACAACAGAAAAAAACGGUAUAAAAAUAAGAAAUAGCACUUAGCUGGGAAAUAGUAACCGUGACCAGCAAAAGAAAUUUCAAUAAUUUUAUAUUAUCCCAUGAUGAUUCACUAGUACCGCGAAGAACCACUGAUCCUAUGAUGAUCUACUAAUCCCAAGAAGUUCCACUAAUCCCAUCAUGGUCCGUUGACAACGACCCCACUCGUCCCAGAACGACCCACAAUAUGGAUACUAUCAAUGUGCACUUACCAGCAGCAGUGAGCCCCCAAAGGCCAUGCAGAAGACGAGGGGACCCGCCAGAUCUGUAUCUUGCAUGAUGGACUGCUCAGCAGACUUCAGUGGAUUCAACACGGCCAAUGUCUGCGAGAAGAAAACCAUAACACAAUCAAAUAUAAGAUUUAAAUAGUCAUGUACUUGUAAAAUGUUGAAACACCAAGGCACAAACAUGCAUCAAAAGUUAACUUUUAAUUGAGCGUACACAAUUUUCAAACGGCCAAAGUGUCCCGGGUCAUGUUCAAAAAGCCUAAACGCUUUAUCUUUAUUUAUGUAUUCCCUAAUUACGAUCACCAUUAUGUACCGGGGGUUAACCAUUAUGUACCGGGGAUCACCAUUAUGUACCGGGGAUCACCAUUAUGUACCGGGGAUCACCAAUAUGUACCGGGGAUUAACCAUUAUGUACCGGGGAUCACCAUUAUGUACCGGGGAUCACCAUUAUGUACCGGGGAUUAACCAUCAUGUACCGGGGAUCACCUCAGACAAAUGACAGGGAGAGGGUUACAGACAAAUGACAGGGAGAGGGUUACAGACUAAAGACAGGCAGAGGGUUACAAAUGACAGGCAGAGGGUUACAAAUGACAGGCAGAGGGUUACAAAUGACAGGCAGAGGGUUACAGACAAAUGACAGGCAGAGGGUUACAGACAAAUGACAGGCAGAGGGUUACAGACAAAUGACAGGCAGAGGGUUACAAAUGACACCACGUGACAGUUAUUAUUCACCAUAAGGCUAACUAAAGUAGAAAGUGACAUUUGACGUAAAACACCAAUUUUAUCAGUUAACCCUCCUUAAACCCAAAAGCAAUUUGAAUCCUAAAAAAAAUUGGCAAAUAAUUUCCACUUGGACCACUUCGAAUAGAAUCUAGUGCAAGAACGGGCGACCGCGAACAUGUUUGGAUCAAUCCAUUGCAAGCACAAUCCCAGUUUCAAAGGACUGACUUGACAGUGAGGUAGAAAGCACGUGUGUCAGGACCAGCGUGUCAGCUCAGU